AUGGCGCCUUCAUCCACCCUCAAACCUUCUGCAGCUGCCAGACCCAGACCUGGAAUUCGCAGACUUUCAAGUAUGACUACCAACGCAGUAGAAGUUUCAACCGGCGGACCGGUCGUCGUUGUUCCAGAAAGAUUAAUGAGAGAACCUUUAUCUAGAGGAACUUCAUACCAAGGUGGAAACUUUGCAGCUUCAUUGGAAAAUGCCAGAAACGAACUCAGUGCUAUGAACCUUGAGGAAGAGGAAUCUUCGUCGAGUUCUCCAGACUCACCGGCAACUCCACUCACCCCUGCCGAUGUCCCCACCACUGAUUCAUUUGCUUACGCCUUUGAUAUCGAUGGUGUUCUCAUCCGUGGUGGUAAACCAAUUCCAGAAGCUAUUGAAGCUAUGAGAAUGUUGAAUGGAGAGAACGAAUAUGGUAUUAGAAUUCCAUACAUAUUCUUGACAAAUGGAGGUGGAAAGACUGAAGCAGAAAGAUGUAUUGAUCUUUCAAGACAACUGGACAUUGAAGUGUCACCUUCACAGUUCAUUUGCGGUCAUACUCCUAUGAGAGAAAUGGUUGAAAAAUACGAAACUGUUCUUGUAAUUGGAGGUGAGGGUGAAAAAUGCAGGCAAGUCGCCGAAGGUUACGGAUUCCGUGAUGUCAUCACUCCAGGCGAUAUCAUUAAAGACAACGAACAUACCACUCCAUUCCGCAAACUCACGACCGAAGAAUUGAAAAAUUCACGUGGUGGUCGUGAUUAUAGCAAAACUAAAAUCGAAGCCAUAUUUGUCUUCGCCGAUAGUCGUGAUUGGGCUAGCGAUGUUCAAAUUAUGCUCGAUCUUGCCAUGUCCAAAGGAGGAUACAUUGGUACCCUUUCCGAAACUUUCGAUGAGGGGCCACCAAUCUACUUCUCCCACAGCGAUAUCGUCUGGUCAGCUGCUCACGAAAAUGUUCGUCUCGGUAUGGGCGCUUUACGAAAAAUGACCGAAAUGCUUUUCAGAGACCUCACCAAGGGUAAAGAGCUAGAAACCAUCGCUUUCGGAAAGCCUCAAAUUGGAACCUUUGAAUUUGCUACCAGAUUGCUACAGCAAUGGCGCAAGGACGAACAUCGCUGCAACCGCCCUCCCGAGACUGUUUACUUCGUCGGCGACACUCCAGAGUCCGAUAUCAGAGGUACUAAUCAAUUCAACGAGAGGUCUAAGAAUGAUUGGUAUUCGAUCUUAGUACGAACUGGAGUGUACCAAGAGGGAACUGAGCCAGCAUACAAACCUAGAGUGACCGUGGAUACCGUACUGGAUGCGGUCAAACAUGGAAUCGAAAGGGAGUUCAAGAAGAAGAUGAAGGAGAACAACCCACGAGGAUUGCCGCUCAAUAGCUUGGGUGGAUUGAGCCUCGAUGGAAAACCAACGAUGGGAGGCAUACCACCCAAGAUUUUGGAGGUUUCCAGUCAGGGUGUUAGCGAGACAGCCACUCCUGAGGCUACCGAUUGA